AUGUCUGUCCCUGACACCUCGCCGCCUUCCUGGGAUCUGACCCCGGCUAUCAGCCUGUUACACUCGUUUAACCUGGAAGGCAGUCGCCAUGAACGCCCCUCUAGCCCGGACCAGAUCGCAAGCGGCCCUAUCAGUCAUAGCACGUUGGCGUCCGCUGCUAUAGAUGCCGUAAAAAGUGAUCCACACCCUCAGCUUGGAGACUUUGACGUCCUCUUUACAUUCUUAUCCCAGGCCUCGCCACCGAAGCUUGGCCUUGACACGGGUCACGAAAAGGCUUGCGAUAUCAGUGGCAAGAAGAAUAUGCUAGAAAAUGUCACAGUGUUGAAGCAUAAGAAAAAAGAGACUCAGGCUAAGAAGACAAUACUCAAACGAGAUGCCGCCAAGAACUUCCAACCUCAGCAGCCCAGCAAUUCCCCGGGAUUGCCACUAUCAACUGAUGCCAGUGGCACCGUUAUACUGUCGCCUGAAUGCAUUCUUCGCAGGCCUACUCCUGCUCCUAUACCUGAAGUUGCUCCUACCCCUAAGGGGAAGAGGACUGUUGGGUCUAUGGUUCAUGUCGAGCCUCUCUUGACUGGAUCUACAACGCAAAGGCUACAGGGCCUUGUCUCGUUACUGCUUGAGAAACAUACCAAAGUUAGAAAUAACCUACACCAUGGGAAUCUACGUGAAUACCUCUGCUACCCACUGAAGACGGCGCCUGCAGGUAUUCACGUAUUCGUAGAUAUGUCGAAUAUCAUGGUGGGUUUUCACGAUUGUAUCAAGAAGGCAAGAGACAUACCUCUGACGACCCGAGUUCGUCGACUUCCCCUAUCUUUUCAGAACUUUUCCCUCGUGCUCGAACGAGCCCGCCCGGUGAGCAAAAGAGUCCUUGUUGGCUCUGAUCGCUUUCCUGCCAUCGACGAAGCAGAGACGCUUGGUUACGAGGCGAACAUUUUAGAACGAGUCCACAAAGCGAAACCUUCAUCGCCGCGAAAGACGAAACUCUCCAGCAGUGGUGGAGAUAAGGCUGUCCGCCGCCCACUCCAUGAUCAGUCGAGCAGCUCUGAGACGAAUGCCCGACUCCCAGUCGAGAGAUGGGUGGAACAAGCCGUAGACGAGAUUCUACAUUUGAAGAUCCUAGAGAGUAUCGUGGAUACCGAUACUCCCUCGACUAUCGUCCUGGCGACUGGCGACGCCGCCCAGGCAGAAUAUUCAGAUGGAUUUUUGAAGAUGGUUGAACGUGCAUUGAGCAAGGGAUGGUUUGUCGAGCUGGUUAGUUUCAGCUCGAUUACCAGCCGUGCUUACACGCGGAAAGCAUUCCGGGACAAAUGGGGUUCUAGAUUUCGGAUUUUCGAGCUUGACAUCUAUGCUGAAUAUCUGCUAGAUCUAUGA